AUCCAUUUCUUUUCACCUGCAUAAUCACCCGAUAUUUCAACCCAAACUUGACACAUAGACACGACGCACCCUCAGUGCACGCACUUGCCUUCGCCUUACUGGUCUCUGGUCUUGGACAACAUAAUACCCGAAUCAAGAUGGCUCCUCAAGAUAGCUUCAUCGACGAUGAGGAGGAUACAUGCCCUCUAUGCAUAGAAGAGUUUGAUCUCUCAGAUAGGAAUUUUAGACCAUGCCCUUGCGGAUAUCAGAUUUGCCAGUUCUGUUACAAUAACCUGAAGAACAAUCUAAAUGGGCUGUGUCCUGCAUGCCGACGACCUUAUGACGAAAAGGAUAUCAAGUGGAAGGUUGUCACACAUGAAGAGGAAGCAGAAUUUCGCGCCAAUAUCCAAAAGAACCAGAAGAAGCGAGCAUCGGAACAACGUCAAAAGGAGGUCCAGAAGCGCGAGGCCGAGAAGGAAAGUCGCAAGAAUCUCCAAGGCGUCCGUGUCGUACAGAAGAACCUUGUAUACGUAACAGGUUUAACGCCUACCGUACGAGAGGACGAACUGCUCAAGACACUUCGUAAGCCCGAAUUCUUUGGUCAGUAUGGCAAUAUCCAGAAAAUCUCGAUUAGUAAUCGCAAAUCUGCCGACGGCCAGCCUCAGUCGCUGGGUAUCUAUGUGACUUUUGAGAAGAAGGAUGACGCUGCUCGUUGUAUACAAGCUGUGCACGGUUCACAUAAUGGCGAUCGCGUCCUCAAGGCCCAGUUGGGAACGACAAAGUACUGCUCAGCGUGGUUGAGGCACGAGCAAUGUGGAAAUAGACAGUGCAUGUUUCUACACGAGCUAGGCGACGAGGAGGACAGUUACUCCAGACAGGAUCUUUCUUCUCUGAACAGUGUUCAUACCCAACGUCCGCUAUCGAAUGCCGCCUCAUCGUCACGUUCUGCAUCACGACAACAGGUUUCCCACCUACCCGCGGCUAUCUCACAGCCUAUGGCCCGCACUGCUAGUAAAGAAGGGUCAGACGCCGGUGACGGACCGGCCCUGCCAGCUUCAGCAAAUUGGGCACGCACUACUCAGCAGCGUAGUAGAAGAGGUAGUCACGCCACGAGCGGUGCAGCUUCGAGUCCUGCCAUCUCGACCUCAUUGCCGGUUACCAGUGAAUCAACGCAAGAGGCUGUUGAAACUGCGGUGACAACAGAACCGCCUCCUCCGGCUAGCCGAAAAGCAGAGAAGCAGCCGGUAGCUGAUAGUCCUGCUAAGUCUGAACCCGCCAGCACCAAAGCUGCGUCCGAUCCGGAAGAUGAGGUGCCUGACUUUGGCGAACUUUUUAAAGUCAUUGCCAAUUGCCCUCCCGACGCGUUUCUACCCCCUAAAAACAAGGAUGACUCUUACCCCCCCUUAUUCGACGUAAAUGGCGGUGCGAAAAGACGAGCUAUGAGGGAAGAGGAUGAGAAUCGCUUAGGUGAUCACGAAGAGCAAGUCGACAACAUAGAGGCAUCAGAAGGCGAGCCUGAGAGCGGCAGCCUCGCGCUUGGUGGGGAACCGGAAGAUAGAGACCAGGGUCGCGAUAAUGGCCGCUAUGACCAGAGACGAAAUCCGACGCAACCUCCGAUCCAACGAACUAACACGAGCGAACUGUUUGGACCAAGCCUAUCCGGCUACGCCCAGAACCCCACGGCUAUCGGCUCUAUUGGCGGCCGUACGAUAACGCCACAGCAGCAGCAGCAGCAACAGCAGCAGCUCUUCGUUCGUCCCCAGGGUAGUUUUGCGGACCAGAUGCCGCCGGGUAUCUCGCCACAGUCCUCGCUCUUCCAGGGCCAGGGGCACAGUCGUCAACAGUCUAGGUUUAGCUUUGCGAACGAGAACAGUUCUAGCUCGAUCAAUGUGAAGUCAACUGCUGACCCGCGGUACAUGGCACAACAGUCAUCUAUGAUGCCGUCCACAUAUCGCUCGCAGCCAGGCAACCAGCUCUAUUCUUCUAUACCAGGACCCCCGCCUGGACUCAAGUCCGCCGGUUCAACGCCCGUUAAUGGUGGCAUGUUUGGCCAGGGGCAUUCGUUUGGAGGAUCAGCGUUUGGCGCGGGAUCGAAGGAUAAUUCUAGUGAACUCCUCCAGUCUAUCAUCCGUGGGAGGGGCGCGGGCAGCACCCAGGCCCACGAAGCGGCAAAGCGUGAGUACUUCCCUUUCAGUAAUCAAUACCCACCCUCCACCUCCUCCACCCCAGCUCCUGCUCCGGCUCCGGGCCUCCUGGCAUCGCUCCAUGGUACCCAGCCUGGGGCUUUCCAAGAUUUCGGACCUAAGCAGAAGAAGAAGGGGAAGAAGCACAGACACGCUAACACUUCCUCCUCUGGGGGGAGUGGCUUAGUAGAUCUUGCGGACCCGAGUAUCCUGCAGGCGAGAAUGCAGCACCAGCAACAGGGAACCAGCACCGGAGUCGGACAGGGGCUGUACGGAGGACAAACCCAAGGUGGGUACAACCCCAGCAUGGUUUAUGGGAACAGCGUAUACGGCGGCAGAUGGUAGCUGCUUUGUAGCGCAUAAGGAGUAUGGCGGCGCGUUUGUUUUCUUUUCUGCUUGGCUUCGCCAGGGGUACGUCAGGGGCGUCUAGGUUUUCGGAAGGGGUCAAAGGAAAUAAUCGGAAUAUUCCACAACAUUGUUUGAGCGAGCAUUGCAGAGAGGCAUGGCCCAGGGCGGGUCUAGGUUGCAUUUGGCGUCCCCAUUGCUCUUGGAAACGACGAGGCUUCGCGGCCAGUGCUUUGCCUUUCAGAUGAUACACACUUCUUUUCUGGCACUAUUCUGUUGUUUGUUCCUCGCAUUAUUCGGUCGUAUGGUCACGCCAGGCAAGCUAUCGUCGUCUUCCACAAAGUUCUUCAUGUACGUUAACACGCAGGUCGAUCCUCCAGACCAGGCCUGAGAGGCUGCUCAAUAUAGCAUUUCUUCCUCGUACCCGAUGCUCUUGUCAUAUAUAAACUUGUGGAAGACGACGAUGGAAACUCCGUGAUGCGUCGCCUGCUUUUUCUGUCUCCUUAGUAUUGUAGUUCAUCGCGUAU